AUGACUGCGCGGUAUGCCGAACCAGAGCUUUCACUCGAGACGAAUGCAUUGACUGCGAUUCCAUCGGCGGCCCUGGUGAAUCAGCGUGGCACAUUGACAAAUCUCAACCUCGGUCUGAACAACAUCAAUGAGGUACCUGUCGGCGCUCUGGACUUUCCUAAUCUCACGUCACUUUCGCUCGAGUUCAAUGGAAUCACUGUCAUACCACCGCAAGCCUUUCAAGGUGUACCCAAUCUUCAAUACCUCUAUCUCACCGGUAACAAGUUUCCAUCAUGGGCACCGGAAAUGUUCCGCUAUAUUACUCAACUGAGAACGCUUGGUAUCGGUGAAACACCGAUCUCCGUCAUUCCCAACAACGCUUUCAUGGUAAGCCUUUCAUUCUGGACGUCAUCAAAGAGAUAUAAGUGA